AUGUCAAACACCGGGAUGAUUUCUAUGAAAAUGUCGGCUUCAUGGGAAGCCGAGAAGUCUUCAUCAAAUGCUAUCCCGAGACUUUGUAGCCUUAGUUUGGUGCAAAUAAUAUUGGAUAGGCCUAUUGAACCUGAAUGCGCCAAUACGGGAUUCUAUGUAGUGGUCCGUAUGCGUGGUGCAGCUCGUCGAGUUUUAAGAUCACCUGAGAUCACUCUUAUUUGUCCACGUGCUUCUCAGCCACAAAAUGGAGUUUCAAAUUUUCAUUCAAACAAUGCUCAACAUAACCCUACUGAAACUGGCUGCAGCGACUUAUCCGGUCAAGGAGGAUGCCCUCUUUCUCUCAACACAGCUGCAUCCUUAGUUGGUGGUGGUGUUUCAGUCCUUAUUGACUUCACAUGCAAUAUUCAGUAUUCUCACUUUCUCACCCGAGAUUCUAAUACACUUCAAAUUUUGCUCCAACGUCGUAAAAAAUACAAAAGCAAAGCCGUGAAUUUAGGAUAUAAAACGUUAGCUUAUUGUAAUGUCAACCUUGCCCAAGUUUUACAACGUCGUAUCGAGAAUCGAUUUUUAGAUUUACAUACUGAUCCAAAGUGUUCCACCCAUCCAGUUGGUAAAAUCGAAGUUUUAUACUUAUCAAGUUUACCUAUUGAGAAAGAUUUAUUGAAUGGAAAGCGGAAAGUUGUCGAUGAAGAUGAAGAUUAUCCUAUACCAGAUGUUUAUAGCGAACAAGAUGAUUCAGAUCAUGUUGAAGAAAGUGAUGAUGAUCAAAUAGCUGAAUGUGAAAUAGUUGGACAUAGUCGCCAGAAAAAGCUUGUUAAAGCUAUGUCUGUUGGUCAAAAACAAAUUAAACAGAAAUUAAUUGGUUUACUGAAAAAAUUAAAAAUUAGUGAUCCUAAUGAGGUUGAUUUAGAUGUGGCUACAACAUCGAAAUUGUGGGAUGAAAUUGAUCGUAUAGCAACAGCUAGUGAUAUUGAAGAGGAUUCCGAUGCGGAAAGUAUUAAUUUGGUUUCGAUACAGAGUACACCACGACCAACACUUCGACCAUUUUUUGCUACAGCCGGUAGCUCUGAUGAUACAUUGAGUGCUGACGCUGGAGCGAAAUUGUUAAAACGCCUACAACGAGAGCUACUAGCUCAAAGUGAAAUUGACACAUCGCCGGAUACUAUACAACUACGAUCCAUGCUAGCAUCAGUUGGUAAAUCGGUGAGCUUUCAAAAUCCAUUCGGGAAAUCUGGCAAGUCCAACUUACUAUCAUUGGAGAGAUUUUCCGGACUGCCAGUUUCACCGACAGCAUUUACUGAUUCAGGUACUUUACAAUCUACUGAUUCUUCCCGCCUUCAACGAGGCAGCGGUCGUGUGAUGAGUUUAGCUGGUGGCCGUUUUGCCAAACGAUUCGCACAUAUUCGACGACGAUCUAAUUCAAAGCAUAUUUUUGGAAUGCCUAGAUCCACUAAAUCUAACUACAACCAGGAAUGUGAAGCUGUUAGUCAAUGUGUAGAAAAUAUUACUAUGGAAAGUGAAUCGUCGGAUGAUCACUCACCAACUAAUGAUGGCUUAGAUCCUUCUUCUUCACUUAUAUCUCGUGGACAAGAUGCAGCUUUUGAUUAUUCCACUUUAUAUAAUUCUCCAGGAGAUUUCUCUCAAGCAAUAACACCGACAUUAUGUUCUACUCCAGAGGUCAGUCGUUCGUUUAUUUUAGGCGAUAAAGGAAUUUCCGAUGGAAAUAUUGGUUCAAUUUAUAAUACAAAGAGAAUUCAUGAGAAAACUUCAAUCAAUAGUUACAUAGAUUUUACAAAUGGUGAGAAUAAGUCUUUUGAAGCCUCAAUAAAUUCCUCUGAUACAUCUGAAGAACUUGAUCCAUCAAAUCUGGAAAAACUAGCAAAUGUCACAUUCAUUGUUGGUAGUUUCGAAAAAUCUGGGAAGCUUGUAUUUAGCCUGCUAUCUGAAUUAAAUCUACGUUUGUUUAAUGUAAAUUCCCUGAAUGAAAUGCGUACAAUUUUCACACGUUUAGCUAAUGAAGCACAAAGUUACACACGACGUAUAUCAGAUGGUGAUUAUAUUAAAAUUUGUAUACUUGGUGGAAAUUUAUUAAUCAAUCUUGUUUUACGCGCUUAUGUUGAUCAGUUGAGUUGUAGAUCUACAGAAUUGAUGACCACAUUUCGAUUUUUCAUUAUACCGAUUGAUGGAUUAACUAAGUGUUUGCAUAAUUCAUCAGCAUUACAACAUAAAAGUCGAAACAAUGUCAUCAAAACUAAUCGAAUCUCAGAAAUCGAUUGUCAACAACAACAACAACAACAGCUUGCAACAGAUGCAUCAAGUAACACUGGAUUGAAUCAUCCUAAUCUGAAUGAUUCCAAUUCCGAUCGCAAUUCACUACCAUCGAUUCGUGGAUCAAGUUAUUUUAACAAUCUGUUUACUUAUCAUCUUUGUCAAAUUGAUCCAAUUUAUGGAGCUUUAUUUUCAGAAUUAUGUCAUGAAUCUACUUCUAUUGAUGUUGAUUCUACAAUGGAUAAUGUAAAUUUGUUAGUUAUUCGAUUUGAAUUAAUUAAUCGUAUUGUGAGAUAUUUAACAAAUGGUCAAACUGUUCAUACAUUUCCUAUUGGAUCAUGUCUUCUUGGUUCAUCAAAAAAUACUUCAACUAAUGUAAAUAAAAUACAAAAAUCUCUAACUACAGAUUGUACUACUACAACAAUGUCAAAUUCAUCUUCAACUAAUAUAAAUAAUCCAAAUCAAUUAGUUCAAGGGAUAACAGACCAAAAUUCUUAUUAUUCAGAUGGGAUUUCUUGUCCAGGUAGUAGUAGUAGUAAUAAUAAUAAUAGUAAUCAAAAUGAAGAAAUGGUUAUCCCAUUCAUUUUAAAUGUUCGUCUUGGAAAUUGUUCAACAUUAACUUAUCCUGGCUUACUAACAACUGUUCCAAUACAAAUUAAACCUCACCACCACCAACAACAACAACAGUCUAGUCGAUCAUUCACUGUUGAUUCAUCCUCUUCUCCUCAAUCGUUCAAUACAUCUACAGUAGCUAAUACAAAUGUUGCUGAUUUAGAUUGUAAAACACCUAGUGAUCCAGAACAAUCUUAUACUAAGCGUAAUAUUAGUCCUGAAUCAGGUUCACAUAAUACAAUCACAGCACCACGAUCACAUUCGUCUGCUCAAAGAAGCGGUCAGUCACCGAUAUUCGGUUCUGAUCAACGACUUUGGGAUGUACAAAUUGAGUACUGGUCAAUACCUAACCAGACUACAACAUUAAAUGGUAAUAAUCAAAAUAGUCAAAAUACUACAAUGUCAUCAUCUUUGUCAUCCGCUAAUGCUCUUUCUAAUAAUAUCAAUAAUAACAGUGUUCUUUCUUGUCCUACAAGUCCACCAAGUACAACAUCAGAUCCUAUAUCACCUCCACGACGUUCUACUGUAAAAGCUAUAUCUCCUGGUCUAGUUGUUACGAUUGAUUCAUCAGUCAGUACAACUGGUUGCAUGUCAUCUUCGUUACAUCGUAAUAGUGAUGGUGCAGAGUCUCAUUCUAACAAUUUAGUCUGUUCACCAAUUCGUCAUGUACAGUUUAAUUUGAAUCAAACACAUACUCAACAUCUUGCUCUUGGAUUGUGGACAAAAGAAAAGAAACAAAAAAUUAUGCUUAUUGGUCGUAAAGGUAAAGAAUUUAAUUGUCGUUAUGAGUUGAUUAGUGGUAUUCAACGUCUUUUAUGUACUGGACGAUGUUGUAAUUUGCAUAAUACCAGUUCAACUCAGAGUGCUGAACGUUCGAAAGAUACAGAAUCCAGUCAUCAUCAUCAUCAUUCUUCAUCAGCUGGUUUAAUAACCGAUUCGAAUGUUCUAUCCUCUUCAGAUUAUAAAACUUCAAAUACAAUAUCCGCAUUAGGCUUGGCAUUGACUGGUGGUACUGCUAGUGGUUCUGGUUUUUCAGGUAUUACUGGAAACAAUAAUCAUAUGAUGCGAGUUUGGAUAGAUGGAGUUGAAUGGACCGAUUUAAAAUUUUUCCAAAUCACUCCAGUUUGGCGUACACAUGUAAAAUAUUUUCCAGUUGUUCUGUUGAGCACUUAUCAGGUGGACACAGCAACUCUAGUCAAAUAA